AUGCGCGCGAUUCGGGCGAGGUACCAUCCGUACGUUCAGGCGCGCGGCCGGGUCGACCAGCUGAGGCGACUCGGUCACAGUGUGGAUAAGGUGGAGUACAUCCUAAUGGGCGGCACGUUCAUGUCGCUCCCAGCGGACUAUCGCGACUUCUUCGUGCGCAAUCUGCACGACGCCCUCUCAGGGCGCUCCUCCGCGUGUGUAGCAGAGGCAGUGCAAUACGCCGAGCAUGCCGCCACACGCUGCAUCGGCCUCACCAUCGAAACCCGUCCAGACUACUGCCUGGGCCCGCACCUGAGGCAGAUGCUAGCGUACGGGUGCACGCGGCUGGAGAUCGGAGUGCAGAGCACAUAUGAGGACGUGGCCAGGGACACCAACCGCGGCCACACCGUUGCUGCCGUCGCUGACUGCUUCUGCCUCGCCAAGGACGCAGGCUUUAAGGUGGUGGCGCACAUGAUGCCGGAUCUACCCAACGUGGGCAUGGAGAGGGACAUGGAGUCAUUCAGAGAGUUCAUGCACAACCCUGCCUUCCGCACCGACGGGCUCAAGCUCUACCCCACGCUCGUCAUACGUGGCACAGGCCUCUACGAGCUAUGGAAGACUGGCAGGUACCGCAACUACCCACCAGAGAAGCUCAUCGAUUUAGUAGCGCGCAUUCUCGCCCUCGUCCCCCCCUGGACGCGUGUGUACCGCAUCAUGCGCGACAUCCCGCUGCCACUGGUCACGUCGGGAAUCGAUAAGGGUAACCUGCGUGAGCUGGCGCUGGCGCGCAUGGCAGAGCUGGGGCUGCGGUGCCGGGAUGUGCGCACGCGGGAGGCGGGCAUUCAGGACAUUCACCACGCUGUCAGGCCGCAUGACGUGCAGCUGGUGCGGCGGGAUUACGCUGCCAACGAUGGGUGGGAGACGUUUCUCUCGUAUGAAGAUGUUACCCAGGAUAUUCUGGUGGGGCUGCUGCGGCUGAGGAGGUGUGGGGCGCACGUGACGUGUCCGGAGCUGAGAGGGCGGUGCUCCAUAGUGCGGGAGCUGCAUGUGUAUGGCACUGCUGUGCCCGUUCACACACGCGACACCGACAAGCUUCAACAUCAGGCGAGUGGGUAG